AUGAAGUAUCUGUCAGCGUCUCUAGCAGUCUUGCUAGCAGCGUCUCCUCUCGCUCAAGCAACGCCAGCCCGUGGUUGUCGCGCAUCUUGCAAUGCAGCAGACAAUCUUAUUCGUUUGCUCCGCUCACCGUCCAAUUUGCCAGAAGCACUGCCGUUUUGCAGCGAGUAUCUCCAAUUACCCGCUUCAACCAUCACAGUCGGGACAGUGACGCCGACAACUACCGCAUACUCUACAAUCUUCACCAAUGUGUUACCGACGAUCACGAUUGCCGCAGAACAUGUCGACACGGUGAUUCCCACCCGGACCGUAACGGUCACAAACGUACACACCGAAACGAGUAUCGUGACCGAUACAUCUCUCACGACAGAGCUUGUCACCGUAACUGCCGCAGCGGUACAGCAACGUGCGGUCUCAACGCCCCUCUCGCAACAAAUCACUCAGUCAUAUGGCUCGAGCAGGAUAUCGAGCGGUUGUGCUUGUCUGACAAUUCCUAUCUCAACAAUUUCGGUGUCCGUGACAGGACAGACAGUCACGAUCACAGAAACGGCCAAAUUGACGACAACGGAACCCGAAGCUACGCAAAUCCUUACAUCGUAUCGAACCACCACUCUAGCCGAGGUUGUCGAGACUACGACAAUUGACAGCACAACUACUAUUCCCGCGACUACGACUCAAGUAUCAGUAGUCACAUCUACUGUCACAGCCACUGCUGCUCCGUCUGCGACUGGAUACUUCUACAUCAGGAACGUGCGCCCAGCAGCCGACAACUUCUUCACGGGCAAUUUCCUCCUGAACCGCGAUUUCAGCGCAACCAACAAGGUCCAGGCUGCCACAAUUGCCGGAGCCAAUACUACAGCUCCUCGCAUGGGUCUCACUCCUGAGGGCUACCUCACCAUCAUGCAAUCCCGAGUAGCUGCCUCUGCCGCCACUGGCACAGAAGACCAGACUUGGGUCGCCUACGUUCAUAGCAACAUGAACAGCGAGCCCCUCGCUUUCGACAAAUUGUCUAACGUCCAGGCGUGCUCAACCUGCCAACCGCUCAAGUUCCAGAUCAGCCAAGAGUCUGACGGAUUGUAUAUCAACUUUGCAAACGAGGGAUCGAGAGCCAUCUACAUCUGCGGUCCUAAUUCUAGCGCUGGUGUUGCCUUUUAUGCAUUCUGGACGGGCCUUACAGGACCUCCAACAUCAAGCUGUUUCUUACAGCGGAUAUACGAGUCAAAGGAGGGAGUAGCUGGGCCAACGUUUGUAUAA